GUUCAUAAUAGCUGUUGUUUGCGAAUAGUUUACGCGCUUUGCACGAAAAUCAAGUCUUCGAAAUUAUUAAUUGAGUGAAUGGCGAAUAAUAACUGAGUUUGACUUUGACGCGACGCGACGGACAGCGAAAGAAAUUCUGCGCGCUUAAUUAAGUGUUUGGUCGAAUCGGGUCAAGGGUUAAUUAUUUUACAACAUAAAACCUAUGUAAGUGUUAGCAGUGCUUCGCUGAUUAUAAAAAUAGAAAAAUAUAAACAAUUUGGAAUCAUUACAUUUGUCAGCUUUGAACAAUGAACUUUAACGAAUUCGAGAGAGAUUGUCUUCAGGCGCACAACCAAUUUCGCGCCCAGCAUUGCAGUCCACCAUUAUCACUAGAUCGAGGACUUUGCAAUUAUGCCAAGGAAUGGGCGGAGACAUUGGCACGCCGCAAUAUUUUUCAACAUCGUACAAAUAACCGUUAUGGCGAAAAUCUGUACAUGUCAGUGGGUCGUCCAAAUUUAUGCGGUCGUGAUGCGGUGAACAGUUGGUAUGCUGAGGUACGUGAAUAUAAAUUUCAAUUAGGUGGUGCUUUCAGCCUAAACACAGGACAUUUUACACAAGUUGUGUGGAAGGGGAGCAAAUGUCUGGGCGUGGCAAUGGCGAGCAGCGGUAAUCGUAUUUAUGUCGUCGCCAACUAUGAUCCACCAGGGAAUUAUAAUGGCGAAUAUUCGAAUAAUGUUUUGCCGGCGAUAAGAGCGGUGCGGGUCGUAGCUGAUAUGGCGACGGUAAAGCGUACCGUUAUCGUUAAAAAAGUUUCCGUGGGCGGUGCACCCAACCAACCGCCGCCGAAACCCAUUACAAUAUCACAAGCGGAUUUCGAGAAAGCUUGCUUGGAGGCGCACAAUAAAUAUCGAGCCAUGCACGGCACACCGGCGCUCAGCAUUAAUCCGAACCUCACCCAGGUCGCCGCUAAAUGGGCGCAGAACCUCGCAAAACGGCAAAAGAUGGAGCACAGCCCUAAUGGCAAGUACGGUGAGAAUAUCUACUACAGCAGCGGCCAACAGGUGACACCGGAUAUGCCCGCGAAGAUGUGGUAUGACGAGAUCGCCAAAUAUGAUUUUGCCAAAUCACAAUUCAAUCCUUACACCGGACACUUUACACAGCUGAUAUGGCGCGACACGAAGCAAGUGGGUGUGGCCUAUGCGAUGGCUGGCGAGAAGGUUUGGGUUGUCGCCAAUUACGAUCCACCGGGUAAUGUGAAUGGUUUCUUCAAAGACAAUGUGCCACCAAAAAAGUGAGAAGUAAAAAAGAAUCGAGCUUUGUGGAAUAUUUUAAGACCACCGGCUUUUGGUAACUUCUCUCUUUGCGCUUACAAUCAGCCACUUGUCUUAAAUGAAUGCUGCGCAAAGGAAAGUGCAAUAAAAUGGUAUUAUGUAGAGUUGCUAUAUCAAUAUGGAACCGGAUAACUGAAAUAAAUUAAAAGUAGCUACUUCGGACUCGUAGUUUUGCACUAUUUUCUAACCAAA